AUGAGUCACUCUAGUGUUCAAGGUAACAUCAAUCAUGAUCAGGAAAACAUAGCGUUGAGAGAAGAGCUCAAUAGAACCAAGGUUGAGUUGCAUGAACUAAGGCAAAUGGUCGCGAAUCUUACUUUCAAUCAAAAAGGGCAUUCACAAGGGGAUCACUCUCAUAGGCAAAACCAUAAUCAUGACGAUCAUUCCCAACAUAGUGAUCACCAUAGUUAUCACCCUUAUGAUCACUAUCAACGCCCUCCUAGGCGUCAUCACAACCAAAGAGACCAUCAUGUGGAACCUGAACUUGACCUUCCACCCUUCUAUGGAAGAGACAAUGUAGAAGAAUACUUUGAGUGGGAGAUGAAGGUCGAACAGAUUUUUGAGUGCUACCACAUAGAUGAUAGGAGGCGAGUGACCUUAGCUACUUUGACCUUUCAAGGAGCAGCCCUCUAUUGGUGGACAUCCAUCAUAAGAGAUCAAAAGAUGCAUGGCGACUACACCAUCCAAUACUGGAAUAAAUUGAAAGCAGCCUUACACAGAAGGCAUGUCCCAGCCUAUUAUGCUAGAGAAGUCAUGGACAAGCUCCAUCGACUUCAACAAAGAAACAUGAGUGUUGAGGAAUACUGGCAAAAGUUAGAAUUACUCAUGUUAAGAGCUGGGAUAAAAGAAGAGGAGCAAUUCACCAUAGCUAGAUUCCAGAGUGGAUUAAACUAUGAGAUUAGAGAUAAGGUAGAACUCUUACCUUACUUAGAUCUAAAUGACUUUGUCCAGCUAUGUGUGCGAGUGGAAGAACAAAAUAGAAGAAAAGCUUCCACAAAUAGAUCCUACCCUACCACAUCUUCAUAUAGGAGAGAUCUUAAGAGGGAGGGUAGUUUUCCAAGAUAUGAAGAAUCAAAAGAGAGAGAGCGAGAACGAGAGAAAGAUAAGAUCAAAAGCAAGGAUAGAUAUCUAAGAAAAGAAAAAGAGAACUCUAAAGGAAUGGAACAACGACCUCCAAGAGAGCAAAAAAGAGAUACCAAGGGUAGGGAGACUAGAUGUUUUAAAUGUGGGGCAGGAGGACACUAUUCAAAUGAGUGUCACUUCAAAAAGUCAACCUAUAUCCUUGAGCAUGAAAAUCAUAGUGAGGUAUCAACCUCCAGUGCAUCUGAGUUGUCCUCAUCUGAAGAGGAACAUGAAGCUCCACCUUUUGAUGGACAUCUUGUUAUGGUUAGGAGACUCCUUGAAGCAAAGCAUGUUGACUGUAGAAUGGUGGAAAAGCUAGGCUUAACUCCUACUCCUCAUCCUAACCCUUACAAAGUUCAAUGGAUAAAAGAGGAUGAAGGAAUAGUUGUUAAGGAACAAGUCACAUCUUACUUGGGCGACCCUGACAAUUUGCAUGAUGGGGUCACCAACAAGAUCACCAUCCAACACAAAGGCAAAAAGUUUAUCUUGAGCCCUCUUACACCAUCACAAGUGCGAGAGGAUCAAAUAAUACUUAAGAAAAAGUUUGAUGGUGAGAAAAAGCUCAAAAAUAAAACAAUUUACAAAGAGAAGAAUUUGAGUUUGGUAGAAAGUGCCUCAACCAAUAUAGUUGUCCCAACAAAACAUUCUAAAAAUCUUUUUUUUGGACAACCUCAUUUUCUUCUCUAUUGCAAAGAGGAACUUGUUUCCAUAAAUCAUCCACUUGAUUCUCUUCCAAAAGGGUUACAAAAGCUUUUGAAAGAAUUUAAUGAUUUAUUUCCUAAAGAGGUUCCAAGUGGUUUACCACCUCUUAGAGGAAAUGAACAUCAGAUUGAUUUGAUCCCUGGAGCUAGUCUUCCCAAUAGGCCAGCUUAUAGGACUAACCCUACUGAAUCCAAAGAGAUAGAGAGGCAAGUCCAUGAUUUAUUGGACAAAGGGUGGAUACAAAAAAGUCUUAGCCCUUGUGCAGUGCCAGUGUUGUAA